CCUUCACCCUCAUUUCAAGCACCAUGGCACGACGAGACAGUGUAACCGCUCAGAAGAACAGAAGGCAAUCCGUGAAGCUGCCACACCAAGGGAAACGCCCUCAAGGCAUCGAGAAGGGACAAAAGCAAAACCCUCCUCGACGGAGCGCCCGUUUGGACCGUUUGAUUGAGGUUAUAGAGACUCAACCAAAAGCCAGGGAGCAGCCUCUACCAUCUCCAGUCAGCGACAUUAAAAGUCCUAAUCGUGCGCACCCACCUCCAACCCUUCUACCAUCGAAGCCUCCGAAGCGGAAACGAGAUACUGAACAACAAUCAAACGCGCCCUCUCAAAAACGACCGCGAACAUCUUGUCCUAGAACCCCAGUUCAGGACGUUGAUUCUGUUAGCCAUUGGACCCAGACAUACCACUGGCCGCAAGAAUACUUCAACGAAAGUGGCGAAAUGAACCAUUUAUUGGCGAGAAAGAAAUCCACAGCCUCGCUUCGCCGAAAGCGAUCGGAUAGCGAGUCUGGCGCACCCAGUUCAACCACACCGAGUGACCAGAAGCCUAGGGAGGAGAAGAGUGCCCCUUACCAAAAUGCACGUUAUGAGACCGUGCUUGCCACGAAGGACAGCUUCAUGGGCAAAUAUGGGCAAGGUUCUACGAACGAGAGCAAGCGACUAUGCCAACAGCUCCUUGACGAACAACAAAAUGUACCGCAGGAUACGAUGUUUUCCGAUGACCACUUCGAAGAGAUUUGUGAAGCAAUAAGAAACAAGAAUGAGGCUAGAGUGAUUCGAGAUAUCUCACUUUUGAUUGUCCCAUCAGCGGAAGUCCUUGCCAUACGCGGAAGUCGGCACUUUCGGCACUUGAUUGAAAGUGUAAACGAAGGCUGGAAUAAUUCUAUUCCACUGACCAAACCUCGCCCGCAACCUGACUACUCUGUGGGUUUCCGACGAGAAGCAUUCACUGAGACCCAGCUUCAGAAACUUCAGCCAUUCGUUGGCGACCUCACCGACAACUCCUUCUUCAUGGGGACAUGGUACAUGUACUUCCCAUUCUUCUCGAGCGAAGUGAAGUGCGGUGCGGCCGCACUCGAUGUGGCUGAUCGACAGAACGCGCACAGCAUGACUCUCGCUGUUCGAGGAGUCGUGGAACUGUUCCGGCUCGUGAAGCGCGAGAAAGAGCUUCAUCGGGAGAUCCUCGCCUUUUCCAUCUCGCAUGAUAACGAGACUGUGAGGAUCUAUGGCCACUACCCUGUGAUUGAGGGUAAAAAGACCACGUUCUACCGUCAUCCCAUUCAUAAAUUCAGCUUUACCACACUUGAUGGGAAAGAGAAAUGGACGGCGUACAAGUUUACUAAAAGUGUCUAUGAUAUCUGGAUGCCUGUUCACUUCAAAAGGCUUUGCACUGCGAUCGAUGCAAUACCACCCGAUAUACAUUUUGAAGUCUCCGAGGAAUCGGAUCUGCAAUUCCCUUCAUCAUCUGGACUUUCACAAGGUCUGGAAAGCCAUCACCUUUCGGAGUCAGCGGCUACAGAUGACGACGGACUGAGCUUUCUUGACCCCCAGGAAGUCACGCCAGAUACUUCUGUUACUCAAGCAAUGGAACAGGCGACAUUCAAGAAACCGAAGAAGAGAUGAGAUUCAGGAUUUAUAUGGCCGUGAAUCAAGCGUUCAAGAAUGGUUUGUCGACCUCGGAGACGCCUGAAGGGGAAGCGAAGCUUCGAAGAAUAGCAUCGAAAACUCCCGAUCCUCAAA